AUGGUGAUCCUGGAGAGAAUGCCUUGCUGGGACAUAGUUUCCUGGACUACCGUGAUCCAAGGCUACGCGCGCAAGGGCUUGAUCGCCGAGGCCGAGAGGAUCUAUGCCAAGAUCCCGGAAAGGAGCGCGUUUGUGACUAACACCAUGAUUCUAGCGCUUGCCCGGGCAGGGAAUCUGGAUCGUGCCAAAGCAAUCUUCCACUCUACGCUGGGGAAGAACACCGUUUCUUGGAACUCAAUCGCGCAGGGGCUCGUGGAGAUCGGCGAGAUCCACGAAGCAAAGCUAGUGUUCGAUCGGAUGCCGGGGUGGGACGCAAUUUCCCGGACGAUGAUCGUCACUGCAUUCGCCGCAGCGGGAGAUCUCUCCCUCGCCAAGCGCGUCUUCGAUCGAUUCCACGAACCCAAUGCCGUGGCCGCGACGACGAUGAUCCAGGGCUACUCCCAGCGAGGAGACCUCGAAUCCGCGCAAUCCAUCUUCGAUUCCAUGCCACAGAAGUCGCCUUGCUCGUGGAAUACGAUGAUCGCGGCAUACGCCCGCAGUGGCGAUCUUGCCAGCGCCAAGAAUCUUCUCGAUUCCAUGCCCCAGCCCAGCAGCAUCUCCUGGAGCUCGCUCAUCGCAGCCAGCGAUGGAGCCAGCGAUAGAUCCGCCUUGGAGAUCUUCCGAUCGAUGGAGCAGCAUGGAGAAUCCCCCGACGCGAUCUCCCUGACGAGCCUCCUCGGCGCUUGCGGCCGGAUGGACUCCGCGCGGCACUACUUCCGAUCUAUGGCGCCGGACCACGGAUUAUCGCCCAGCCGCGAGCACUACUGCGCGAUGAUCGACAUCCUGGGGCGCGCCGGGGAGCUGGAGCUCGCCGAGGGUUUGAUCCACGCCAUGCCCUUCCCUGCCGACGCCGCCGCGUGGGGAUCGCUGCUCGCGGCGUGCCGGAUCCAUCGCGAUGUGGAGCGGGGAGGAAUCGCCGCGGCGCGCGCGAUGGAGCUGGAUCGAGACGACGGUGCCGUGAUCGUCCUCUUGGACGAUCUCUAUUGCGAGGAACCAAAAAAAUGA